UUGGGGUCCGUGAAAGAGCGGAGCGCAGCAGCGAGUCUCCCCAGUAAGCGGUCUGCACACUCCCAGUAACAACGUCCACGGUUCCCCUUGGAAACAAACUCUGGAGACCACUCCGCUUCCCGCAGUGUGCACCAUGACGUCCAAAAGUCACCCCCCUCUAAUGAAGAAGCACAGCCAGACAGACUUGAUAAGCCGUCUGAAGAGCCGCAAGAUCCUCGGAGUCGGUGGCGAGGAUGACGAUGGCGAAGUGCACCGCUCAAAGAUCAGCCAGAUGCUCGGAAAUGAGACGAAGUUCACAGUACGAGAGCCGAUUGGUCUGAGGGUGUGGAUACUCAUUUCAGCCGUGGGCUUCACAGUAAUGGCUCUGAUGGCUCUUGUGUUUCCCAACCAGCUAUAUGAGCUUGUUUUUGAGGAGGAGCUCUCCAAGACUAGCAUCUCUGUUCGGCUUUACGGAGGAGCGUUGCUUAGCCUUGCCCUCAUUAUGUGGAACGGUCUCUACACACUAGAAAAGGUCAUCAUCCAGUGGACCCUCCUCAGCGAAGCAUGCUACUUUGCGGUCCAGUUUCUAGUGACGUCCAUCACCCUGAUGGAGAUGGGCGUCCUGCCCAACGGCGCCGUACUCCUGCUCCUCAGUCGACUGCUGUUCGUGGCCGUCACCAUGGCCUACUACUACCACCUGGGCCGCAAGCCCAAGAAGAUCUGAGCCGGCCGUGCGAUGCUUCAGGGAGGGGACGUUAGAGCGCAGAGCACAAACACAGGGUCAGAGGAUUUGGAAAAUGAUUUGAUGGGGCUUGGAGCGUUACUUUGCCAGUAAAAACCCCUGCCCGCUGCCACGGGACACACCUUCACAAACCCCCCACCCCCCAGUAUUUAAUAAUUGAACAGUGUCACGAUGCAGACUGUGUAACAAGAACGGGAAACCUUCAUAGUGACAUUGAAAUACUCUUUAGUUGGGCUGUGAGGUCGAGCUCCUUUUGGCACACAUUGUUUUUUUUGUGCAGCGCUCUUUUGUGCAGAGCUAGCAGUAUGUAGUCAGUGCAUUUGUGUGCUAGCUAGAUGUUCAAGACAGGGCUUUCAAACUCCAGGCUGUUAUUCAUGUAUAGUUACAUGAAUCUCUUUCUUGUCACUGUUUUCUUAAUCAUGCUCAAUGACCCAGAGUUUGUGCUAGUGUUUAGUUCAUUUGAUGCUCUGGGUGUGAAUUUGUAAUUUGUGAACUCUUGGACAGCUUUCCACUGAACAUAGCAGGUAGAGAAAAAGCAUUGUUUGUGCAUAAAGUACAGUAGCUUUCCAUUCGGGUCAGAACAAUGCUGGAUGACUGACGAUGAACCUUUUCCCUGCCGACGUGCGUUCUUGGUCAACACAAUUAAGACGCUUCUUUUUUGCUUUUUUUAUUCUUUCCCGCUUUUUUUAUUCUUUCCCAACUACGGUCAUCAGUCAUAUUCAUAGUUCCCAAAAGGUCAGGCUGAAUUUUCAGUCAUUUUUUUCCCCCAUCAGACUUUCAGUCUAGCGGCUCGAGCACAUUGCGUGGAAGUGUAUAUUUUUUACGGAAUAUUUUAUAUCUAAAAACAGUACAAGUAAUGUUAGUUAAUGCACAGUUGAGUGGAUUUUCACAAGAAAGACAUGUUGCUGCCUGUGAAUAAUCAAGAGACUUCAGCUUAUGACCUUAUAGUAAAGCCAGUUUGACAAGUCGAGCUGUGCAGGAUAAACAAACCUCAGCUGGCUCCAUUUUAGACAAGUAGAUCUUUUUCUUUCUUUCUUUCUUUUUUUAUACCUGCACCAUAUUCGGAGUCUUGCCUUAAAACGUCUCAAAAGAAACAGUCAUCAACACUGUACCCUACUUCUUGUACAUAUGUAAAUAAAAGGAUUUACUAUUAUCUGGUGUUCUUGUGAACCAAACAGGGAACAUGUUCAGUAUUAGUUACAUGAUUAUCAAAGGUUAAUCUUUCUCUUGACUUGUCUUAUUUGUACCUAUUUAAAUGACUGUGUUUUAGCAUUGUGCAUGCAAUAUAAUCCACCAAUGAAAAUGGCACAGCCUUUGUAGCAUUCUGUGACCAAUUAGUGCAAAACUGAGGAAAAAGAUGAGAAUUAAUGACAGUGAAUGGAUGCAGCAACCAAAAAAACGGUAAACAUGAUUCCUAAACAAGAAAAAGUUAUUUUGUAAGGCAGUCAAACUACGUGUACCUAAAAAACCUUUUUGCAGAUUUUACCCAGGCAGUUUGUUCAACAAGUUUUCUACCUCUCAAUACCUGGCGAGACGUCCUGGCUCAGUUUUUGAGGCGGUGCCAGCAAUGCUGGUUUAUCAUCUGUGAACUCAAUCUGAGCACCUGAGGUCAGUCCAACAGGCAAUAACCAUAGGGGAAGAUAUACAGGGAACAUAUUUUAGAUCUGUAAAGGUGGUCUACGUUGUUAGAAGUGACCACAUUGAAUCCUGGCCGAGAAGGGAAAGGUCCUGAGGUCUGAGGGAUUUUUUUAGUUUGCAGUUGCGACUCCAGCACUGAGGCAGAUGUGCUCGUUACUUGGGCGAGCUUUUAAUUCAGAGAGGCAGCGUGAAGCAUGGGUGAGGUCUCCUGUGCCCCUGGAAAGUAGUACUUAUCUUUUUUUUUUACAGUGUUUAAUUAGAUGCAACCCUCCCAAGUAACAUUGUGCGCCCCCAAACUACAGCACUGCUCUCUCUUGACUGGCAUGAUAAUUAUGGUUCAAGCAAAAUGUCAUUCCGUUUCCGUCAAUAAUGCAGGCCUCAAAUGAUCAGCCUUGCGAAAUGUUCAAAGGUCUCUGAAGCAGGAUAUUUUUGGAGAGAGAAGCAAUUUUGAAGGGUGGGGGAUGGGGCAGAAUGAAGGAGGCGUAUAGACUCUUUGAUCGAGCUGCUUCUCCGUCGUAAAUUAGACAGGAUGUUAUACUGGUAACUAGUGUUCUGGAAAUUCAAAAGAAGAAAAAGAAGCAACAUCUUAGUCGGGAAAAUCAUUCCCUUAUUCAACAUAUGUCAUGCUGUUAUGACUAGCAUAUUUUGUCAAACUUUCAAGUGGUAGCAACGUGUUUUUAUGUAUAUAUGUGGUAUAUUGUACCUCAAUAAUGGAUUGUUAUGGAUUCCCAUUGUUAAAUUUGAAAUAAAGGCACUAUUGUUUA